UCAGUAUAUUCGUGUAAAUUGUUGCGUUUAGUCGGUCGUUCCAUAUAAACUUGUGUUGGAAAAACCAAAUCUUAAAUAUCAAAGAUUGUGAAUACGGUAUAUUGUUUGUGCUUUAUUCGUUUUGGUAGCAAAAUAGACCACCGAUUUAAUUGUAUUAACUCAAAAGUGUAGCCGUGGAAUUGAAACAGAAAAGAAUUCGAAAAGAAAUUUAUAUUGGCACUUUGGGUGCUCAACAGGUCGGCAUGAUAUAAAAAUAAUCCGUUUUAAAGUCGCGAUAAGCGUCGAAGCAAUUUAAUUAUUAUUAUUUUUUCUGUUUUUAUACUUUACUUAACUAAAACUUGUAUCCGUACAAACAAUACAAAUACAUACGUAUUACGUGACCAAUAUAAAUAAAUUUAAAAAAAAUAUUUUUUUUUGUAAAAUCUUAUUGAAAUUAGAACAACGUCCACAAGUUUUUGUUUGUUUGUUUUUUUUUUUCUUCAUUACUGGUGUAUUAAAGUUGUUCGGUGCUUAUAUUCGUUAAAUGCCACUAAACCAAAUACGUGGAUUAUUGGGCGAUUCGCAGUCAACAUCAACGAUACAUUCAACUGUUACACGGCCUAUCAACGAUACUGCCUGCAUGGACUGCAUGGACGGUACAUAUAUUUGUACGGCGUACAAUCCACGAUGCUUUCUCUUACAAAAGGUUGCACAAAAUCCAUCACCAUCGAUUUUGGAAUUGGCCAGGGAUAAUUCGGAACUGAAAGUAGAAUCAACGUUCGUAGACAGUUUUCAUUCACCAGACUUUUGCUUUGAACAUGAUACAAAUUUUAUGGCAAGUGAUGGUUAUGUGUACAUGAAUGGAGAAACAGACAAGUCAUCCGUUGGAACGAUGUAUGCGUCUUCUCCGGACCAACCAAUAACAACUGUAACGCCGAACGAACAGCAAUCGACAUCGGUCACAGCAAAUGCUAGCAUUUUAACACAAUCGUCAUACGUAUCACGUUCACUCGCUGGAACUGGUGUUCAAGACACGGAAUUUUCAAAUAUGAAUGGUGCAAUGUCCGGUUCAUCGUCAGAUGGUGCUGAAAUGUAUCCGGAUACAGCUGGCAACGGUGAUGGUACUACAUUUACGACACCUGAAGGCAACAGUAUGCCAAUGGAUCAGUUGAAGCAAAUGUUGUGCAGUCAAUUAGAAUAUUAUUUUUCGAGAGAGAAUUUGGCCAAUGACACAUACUUGGUAUCCCAAAUGGAUAACGACCAGUAUGUACUGAUUUGGACGGUUGCUAAUUUCAAUCAAGUUAAAAAGCUAACGACUGAUAUCAAAUUAAUCACGGACGUUCUACGAGAAUCGUCUGUUGUCCAAGUGGACGAAGAAGGACUAAAAGUUCGUCCAAACCAUAAGCGCUGUAUCGUAAUUUUAAGAGAAAUUCCAGACAACACUCCCAUCGAGGAUGUUAAGAAUUUAUUCAAUGGGGAGAGUUGCCCCCGGUUCAUAUCAUGUGAGUUCGCUCACAACAAUAACUGGUAUGUGACAUUUGAGUCUGAAGAAGAUGCCCAGCAGGCGUAUAAUUUCUUACGCGAAGUGGUCAAAGAGUUUCAGGGAAAACCCAUCAAGGCUCGUAUAAAAGCCAAACCCAUGAACAGGCUUCCGAUUGCACCACCAGUGCAAAUUCCUAACAAAAAUGGCUUUCGGACGACUCCUCCUCCUCCCGUAUACGAUCCAAACACUUAUGCUACUGCUCAGCCACGUUAUGUGUACACAAACGGUGCAAUUCCUCAAGGAACAGUUCCUUCUUAUAAUGGUCAAGUUAUGUUUCCAUUCCAGCAACAAUUUUAUCAACCAUUGAUGCAACCAUGGCCUACUCAAGCACCACCACCUGGUCAAAGCUACUACGAGCUUGGCAACGUUUUUUCAGCGAAUGGCCUAACGCCACAAGUAGCGUUUGCGUCAAAGCCUCAGGCGCGAUUCCCGAACCACCGUACUAUAAGGAAUAAACGAAUUAUGAAUCACGACCAUCGACAGACUGUUGAUCAGUCCAUACAUCAGAUGCAAAAUCAAACGCUGAACAAUCACCGAACACUACACGGUACUCCGGGCAAUAUGUCGCAUCAUAGCAAUUCCACACAACAGCAACAAUCACAGCAGCUUAUCACCAGUCAACACGUGAAUAGUUCUCAGCAAUCACAAUCGGUGCCGGCCAAUGCAGCUAUGUAUAAAUCACAAUCAAUUUUAAGUCACGGAAGUAGUUCGAAAUCCUCAGAUGCCUACCACUCAAACAAAAUGCCCAAAGAUAGUUCUUCGUUUCCCGUAUCGUCCAAUGUGCCACAAAACAUUAGUCAUAGCCAUCACCAUCCUCCCCCUCAUUAUCAUCAACAUCACCAUCCUCAUGCCCAUCCGCAUGCACAUCCACAUCCUCAGCCAUCGCAACACUACAAUUACCAACAACAUCAGCAACAACAACAACAACAGCAGCAGCAACAACAACAGCAACAACAACACCAGCAACAGCAGCAGCAUCAACAGCAGCAGCAGCAGCAGCAGCAACAACAACAACAACAACAACAACAACAACAGCAACACCAUCAACACAUGGACCAAAACGAUGGCGUUCCAUCAAACUCUGUUCAGUCGACAACCAAAUUGGUUGCAGAUAACGAAGAUUAUAGCAAUGCGCACCGACCAAUGCCAGUUUCGGGCAAAGAGCAAUGGAUUCCUCGUCGACGUCGACGAAAAGACGAAGAAAUUAAUGUCAGUGCUCGUUCAAGCAACAGUUCCAGCGGUAAUCCAGGAAGCCAUCAUAAUAAAAUAUCUCCAGCUAGUCCAAACCAGCCAGCAUUUAGCGGUAACAAUCGUGAUGCUACGACAAGUGGUAAUUCCGUUACAUCGAGUGGGCAUACAAUCAAUACUAGGCCGAUAGCACAACAGCAAUUCGAUUUGGCAGAAUCUUCCUUUCCACCACUACCAGUUCUUGACCAAAAUAUACCGACUUCUGCGGCUGCGCCAGCCAAUCAAAAUGUUAUGAACAACGUUUCCAAAUCAACGGAAGGCUCAACAUCGGGAGACGUUGCUGGGACAUUGGAUGCAACACCCAAUAAACUAGUGGCUGCAAUUGUGCCAUCAACGGCUGCUUGGGGAGAAAGCCGUCUUGCUGAUGUGGUCAAAGGUACUGCCAAAACCAAGUCCAGCAAAACGGAUAAAGAUGUACACAGUGAUACUCGAUCGAAUUCGGCCUCGCCAACUCCGGCAUCACAUCAAAAUCAACAGCAAUUCCACUCAGUGGGUAGCCAAAAAUCAAACGAAAAUAGUCAUACCGUGAUAUCAGUGAAAACUUUACAAAAUGUAGACACUUCUCUUGCUCAACGUAGCGGCGGAGCAGUAGGCGAACAACAAACAGAAGGUGAAUUGAAUGUGCUUAGUAGUGUUGCUUCACUUCCCCUGACGCCUCCCUUUUCACCAGAACAAUGUGUCGCCCCAAUAAUAGCGACGUCAAACAAUCCCAAUAACAAAAUCAAACCACCUGUGAUAAUCAAAUGUACAACCGCUGACAAAUCCACAAAGACUGACGAGUCGUUACUGAACGGCUUGACUUCAAAUGCAUCGUCUAGCCCAUCGUCAGCGGACAACGCAUCGACCAUUCAAAAUCAACUGUUGAACAGUUCAUUUGAGAAUAUUUCGGUUAGUGGGGGUGUUGCAACAACCACUAGUGUUGCCACAAUGACAUCCAUGGAAACUACUUACGGAAGCUCAUCAGUUGCCAAACCUUCGAUUGGUUCAGUAGUGUCAACGUCGACGAUGACAACAUCAAUACCGAAGGCCCAUACUCAGCAAUACAAACAGAAUACAUCGAAACCAAUUCAACAGCAAAAGUCCUCCACGAAUAAUCCUAGCCAAACUCAAGUCUUCAUCUCACAAACGCAACCAACUUCUCCAUCACCUGCAUCGCCCGGUACGGGCCAUUUAACCGAAAAUUUUGUUGCACUUGCAUCGCCACCGUUAGCUAAUAAUGUAAUUGUUGAUCAUAAUACUGCCUCAUCAUCGGCCCGAUUGAGCUACGCUCAAGUUGCACAACACAAUAAGGAAUUGCUGAGCAAAACUGCCGAACCGCAAUCAGUUCCAACGCAGCAAACGGACAAGCAGGAAAAACACGUUGAAAAGGAUCAUAAGCGAAAGGACUUUUCGCCGCAACGUGUUACUUCCCAUGGCGAUGCUAGAUUGGAACGAGCAGGUAAGACAUAAUAUUCGCGAUGUUCGCAAUAACAACAACAACAAUAACAACAAUCAUCCUCGUAAAGAACAUCAUCACAUCAAAGAAAAUCAUCGAUCGAAUGGAUCAAAUGUAAAUAAGGCUGUCGAGUCACGUCAUCGUUCGAAUCGAACCCAUCAAUUCAAAGAUUUUUUACAGCAGGGACCACGAAGUCCCAAUUGACAGGUGAUUUUUUGGUUUUAAAAAAAGCUAUUUACAACAACAAACCUACAUAAAAAACAAUAAUUGGUUUCGAAUUACUAUUUUUUUGUUUUCGAUUUCUCUUCUUCAUGAUUUUUCAUUAAAUUGCCGAAAUUAAAUUUAAAAAUGAAAAUUUUGAUUGAGAUAAUUUUUUUGCAAAAAAAAAUGUAAAUUUAACAAACAAAAAAAAAGUAACAAAAUGAAAUGUAGUAGUUAAUGGUCUUAAAUUUGGUGCUUAAAGAUACGUAUAUUGUUUCCAAAACGGACACUUCAUUUAUAAAAAAAAGAUACGAAUGACUGGACUUAGGAGAAAUCCAAGACAAUUGAAUAUUUUUUUUUCGUUUUCCGUAUUUUUGAUGUAAUUUGAAUUGCUGACUCAAACUAUUUUUUUUUUCUUGUAUGUUUUGCAUUUUUUGGUUGAUGUACGUAUCUUUAAGUACAUAUUUCGUUACCUAUUUGUGCAUAAACUACAUUUAUAAAUGCCAAUAAAGAAGAAGAAGAAAAAAAAACUGAGUGAUGAGAGAGCUAGAGAGAAGAGGGUCGAUUUAUUGUUUUUCUUUUUUUUUAAAUAUAUAUAUGAAUGUAAUGUUACUUUAUAAACAUAGAUAAAACCUUAUAAAAUCUAAAAUAAUAUUUAAUAUUAAACAAAAAAAAAUAAUUUAAAUUGAAUUAAGUAAUAAACACAACAAAAAAAAACAUAAAACAUGAUUUAUGAACUAAAAAAAGUAAAAAAAUAAAUUAUUCUUAUAAAUAUUAUAUAUUAUGAGUGUGUGUAUAAAAACAAAACAAGAAAAAAAAUUAAAAUAAAAAAACUAAAGUUAAAAUAACGAUAAUGAAAAUUAAAAAAAUGCAAAACAUUUAAUGAAAUUUAAAUUCGGAUAAUUAAUUAAAUGUAGACCAUCCAUUUUGUAGGAAUAAAAAGAAAGAAAAUUUAAAAAAAAAUGUUAAAAGAACUACAGACAGACACACCCACAACACAAUAUAUAUACACACACACAGCCACCACAAACCACUUAUUAUAGACACAGAGUCACAUAUUGAAGAAUUUGAUGUCUGAAAUUUAAUAAAAGCAAAACAAAAAGAAAGAAAAACCGAAAAAUUUUAUCGAACAAAUAAACAAAGUGUUUACAGUAACUGCAAAAAA